AUGCGCGCCGACGUCAGAGUCGUCGCCCACCUCGACCUGGACGCGUUUUACUGCCAGGUGGAGCGCGCGGCGCACGGAAUCGACGUCAACGUCCCGCUCGUCGUCGCGCAGUACGAUCCAUUCGAACGCGGUGGCGUGCGAACGCGUGACCAGGGCGCGCGACGGAUCCUUCGGGAUGGAUUGGAGCGACACUCUCUCAUCGCGGUGUCCUACGAGGCGCGCGCGCGUGGGGUGAAGCGGAACAUGCGGGCGAUCGACGCGCGGCGCCUGUGCGGCGACGGCGCGGUGGUGGUGCAGGUGCCGACGCGACGGAGUAAGGCGGAUUUGACGGCGUACAGACGAGCGGGGGCGGCGGUGGCGAGAAUACUGAGCCGGGGGGGGGUGAUGGAGCGCGCGAGCAUCGAUGAGGCGUACUUAGAUCUCACGGCGAACGCGCGAAGGACGCUCGCGGAGACGGAGUGGCGCGAGGUGUUGGCGACGGCGAGGAAGGCGCACGUCGCGGGCGCGGCGCCCAUCGGGGGGAAGGGAUUCGUGAGUAAGGCGAGUUUACGAGCUGGGUCCGCGGAUGGGCCGCAAGCCGCCGUGGAGGCGUGCGCGGCGUCGACGAGUGGUGUCACGGAUGAGAAGACGGAGAAAGAGUUGGAGAAAGAGACGGAGGCCGAACCCGUGGACGAGGAAGAGGAACGCAUGCGAAAUUACCGACCUCGUCCACCUGAUGAGGCGUCACUGGCGUGGUGGGAUCGCGAGGAGAGCGCGUGGGGAGAGACCGAGAAGCUCCUCGCGGCUGGUGCCUACAUUUGCCACAAUUUGAGAAAGGCGUGCGUGGACGAAUUGGGGUACACAUUGAGCGCGGGAAUAGCCACGAACAAAAUGCUCGCCAAGCUCACGAGCGGAAUGAAUAAACCGGCGUCGCAGACGGUGCUUUGCCCCGAUCACACCGAGGCCUUGUUGGCAGAGCUGCCGAUCGAUCGAAUUCGCGGUUUGGGCGCCAAGUUUGGUCGCGAACUCGUCGAAGGGCUCGACGUGAAGACGAUCGGCGAGCUCGCACGCACACCCAUUCGUAAGCUGGAGGAAAUAUGCGGCGAAGAACGAGCGCAGUGGGUGCGAAAGGUUUCACUCGGCCAGGACGAUGAUCCGGUGAAAGAGCGCGAGAUGCCGAAGAGCAUCGGCACUGGGAAAACGUUUCGAGGCGCUCUGGCAAUUCGUUCGCUCGAGUCCGCGAAAAAAUGGCUCGCCGAGCUCGCCGCCGAGCUCAACGAUCGAUGUGAAGACGAUCGCGACGAGUGGAAUCGCGAGCCCAAGCUCUUGACGCUCGGUCUGUCUUCGCCAGACGAGUUGAACACGAACAGCGGGCAUUGUUCGCGACGGUGUCCGAUGCGACUGGGCGCGGAUGAGAUCACCCAAGACGCCCUAGCGCUCAUAUCGAAAUGGUCGAGCGGUCGAUCGGACUGGUCGAUCACCGGCAUGUCCGUCUCGGCGUCGAAUUUCGUGACCCUCGAGCGGGAGAGUGGCGACGUAGCAGAGAUGUUGAAGAAUGCGAAGUCAACAACAGGCUCAAGGCUCGCGACGCCGGCGGCAAGUCCGAUCAAGGCGGAUCAAAUCGAUGCCUCUGUGUUAGCCGAGCUGCCGGAAGAAAUCCAACGCGAGAUUCGAGCGUCGAUGAGGGGUGAAACGAGUCACAGAGGCAACCGCGCAGCUGCCGGAAGCGCGCUCCUCGGCAAACGAAAAGGCGGCGUCGGCGCCGGUCAGAAAAACUCAAUCACGAGCUACUUUGGGAAGAAGACGUGA